GUAUAACGUCCUUGGUUCGGUUGCUGUUAGUAUUUCGUAUGUGUGCGUAUUUUAGUCGAUUUAGACAUUUUAACCGUACCCCGCAGGAAGUAGUGAAUAUUCACCAGAUGAUCCCAAGACAAGCACGCCUAUAAGAUUAUCACCAACGCAUGCAGCCAUGACAUCAUAUCCAUCAUCAGCACUUACCACCAGAUCCUCAUCGGUGUCACCUAGUCGCCAUGGUUACCAUAGUCCAGUGAGGCAUUCUGGGAGUAGUCCUGUAAUACAGAAGAAUGCAGCAUCUAGUCCUGGUAGUCCUGGGAACAGAAUGUACCAUAAUUCACCUCCAAGACAGAAUUAUAUGUCAGAAUUGGAGACAGCCACGAUACACCGACAGCGGCGAGAGUUGCAGCUGCUUAUAGCGGAAUUACAGGACAGAGACCGGGAAUUGAAUGAGAUGGUACAUGCACACCAGAAACAGAUGAUAGCAUGGGAAGAAGAUAGACAAAGAAUUUUAGCAUUAGAACAAAGGAAUUCCAGGCUGGAUGCUGAAAUAAGAGGCAAAGCUGAACAAGUGAAGCAUUUAACAGGCAGGUUGAAAUUAAUAGAAACUCAGGAACAAUCCAAAACAUGUGCUUUAGAAACCACACAGAAACAGUUGGAAAAAAUGUCUGAGAAAGCUAGCUCAUCUACCAUGCAACUGCAGGACUUGGAGGGAAGAAAUAUGUCUUUAAACUCCACAAUAAGAGAAGUGUCAUCACAGCUUGGUCAGCUAGAAGCCAGAGAACAGGAGCUUAUUACUAUGUUAAAACUUAAGGAUAAAGAUUUAUUAGAAGCAUCCAAUCAUAUAUCAGAGAUAACCGGUAAACUAAAAAGAUUAGACACAAUGUAUCGGGAGUAUAGGCAAUCUGAUCUUAACAGUAAGAAAGACCUUGAAGACUGGAAACAAAGGCAUGGUGAUCUGAAGGCAGAAAAUGAUAGACUAAGAGGUGAACUCGGUGUUUCAUCCACCAACUCUACCUGAGCAACAGAUACAAAUGAACAAAGCCGAGAGACGAGAUUCAAUCACUGAAGAGAGAGCUUCAUUUAGCAGCUGAAAGAGACAAGCGAAAGGAGCAGCUGCUGGAAUUACAGAGAUCUCGGCAGGAAAGGGUUGAUGCAGAACUGAAUAACCUGAGACAACUGUAUGAAAGACAACAGAAAGACGCAACACUACUACAACUUAAUUUAGAUAGUAAAAAUGAUCUGCUGUCACUACAGGAAUCCAGAAUAAGUCAUGCUCCAGAUGACUUAAAUAACAGUUUUUCACCAACACGUCGAUGUCAAUCAAUAUCACCCAGUCACUUUGCUUCAUCACCGUCACUAUUAAGCAGGUCACCAGUGUCGCCUUCUAAGUCGUUAAAUCUCUCACACUCAGGCAAGGUCAAUUAUUCCAACCUUUCCACGUCACUAGAUGGUGACCCAGCCAUAGACGCCAGCAGUGGGGAAACUGAUGAACUUUUGAACAUUACUGCGAAUGACUUAGCUGAUAACUCACCAACAAGUAAACUGCAUAGACUCUUGUCAGAAUCCAGAGAAAUGGUCAAAAAUCUUGAAAAAACUACAUUACCUCCGUACUUCACAAA